AUGAAUACUAUAAGACGAAUACUUGCUCCAAACAAAUCCUCAAAAGAUAGUAAGAAAAAGUCCAUAUUUCAGCGCUCAAAGUCUAGUAGCGAACUUUUCAGCGAAAGACCAAAUAAAUCUCCAUUAUCUGAAAGAGAAACCAACACAAGGUCAUUUAGCCAACGAUCGCUAGAAUUACCUUUAAGAAAAAUAGGCAUGCUACGCGAUAAAGCACAAUACAAUACGGAAAAUGGGACCACAAUUAAACGUGAAUUCAAAACUUUACCGAGAAAUCUUCAACAAACGUUGCCUGUUCCAGCGUCAGGUACGCGAAUGGUGGGCAUUGGGGCAUUGGCACUGAAUACGGGGAAUAUAGUCCCAGCUAUAGGACUGGGAGCUGGAAAGGCAUCAGACGACUUGUCUAUACCGCAAUCACCUACUACCUGUCUUAAUGAGGCGGAUGACUACAUUCAGCAAGCAAUACAAUUCCACGAACAGAAUCAAUUGGACAAAGCCACUUAUUUCUUUAAGCUUGCAGCUGAGAGGAAAAGUCCGCUAGGAUAUUUCUUGUACGGUAUUGCAUUGAGACACGGGUGGGGAUGUGAAGCCAAUCCUACCAUGGCGGUGAAGUAUCUCCAGAAAGCAGCUGAAUCAGCUGUUGAUGAAUUACAAUCGUCAGUCAUUGCCAAUCCAAGCAUUGCACGGAACGAGCUAGUAUUAGCAAUAUACGAACUUGGAGUUUGUUUCCGUCAUGGGUGGGGCGCCCCAAAGAACAAAAAGACGGCUGCAUAUUAUUUCGAGAUGGCCGCAAGUCUUGGCGACCCGGAUGCCCAAAAUGAAAUAGGAUUUUGUUAUGCUAAUGGCGAGGGCGUUAAGAAGAACUUGACAAAAGCGGCCAAGUAUUAUCGUAUGGCAAAUGAACAAGGUGCAGGUAUUAUGGGCAAUUCAUGGAUAUUUAAAAAGAAAUACGAUGAAGAAGCACCAAAGAAUUAA